GGAGUCCUUGUCCGUUUGUUGGCUUUGAGCUUAAAACAUCGAUUCCCUUUGAGCCUUUUCGGUGUGUUUAUGUGAAACACAGAGAUAAAAUGAUCGAAACGGAGCGUAUUAACGGAUUCCUGUAUUACCACGUCACCUUGAGCAGGUGUAGCUGUGUGUCAUUUAAGGGGAACAUUCUUGGCCCUGUUUCAGCGGAUGGUUUUUUUUUCAGGGCUUUGUAAUGCUGUGUCGUGUCGUCACGUCUUGCUCAGCCAUCUGCAAGAACUGACCCUAAACAUGCUGCGAGUUUCAGUACGAGGCCUUCAUGUUGUUUGAUUUCUUCUUGCUGGGAGUUUAAAGACCAGAUCUGUCUAAAUCACACUCAGAAUGUAAAUAUACUGUGCCUCAAUAAUCAAUGAUAGGUACAAUUAAUAAUGAAAUAAAAUAUUAAACUAGUUUUCAAAAAAAUAAGACUCGAUGAACUUUGAUAAUAUUUGAAUUAGUGUUGUCAAAUUGAUUAAUCACGAUUAAUUGCAUCGGUAACACUUCAUUUUACAGUGUCAUUGUUACACGUUACAUGUAAUUACUGUAGUAAUAACUAGAAAUUAUGCAUAAUUACACGCAAUUAACCCUAAACCAAACACUCAUUCUUACCCUUAACCUAUAGUAAGUACAUGCAGUUAAUUAUUAUUACUCAGUACUUAAAUAUAUAAUUACACUGUAAUACUCAGGUAACUUUUUAAGUUAAACAAACAAUUCUUUUUUGCAGUGUGUAUAUAUAUAUAUAUAUAUAUAUAUAUAUAUAUACAUACACACACACAAUCACGAUUAUUGCGAUUAAUCAGAUCUAACAUAUAAAUUAGUGAAUAUAUAUACAAACUUUUAUGUUAGAUGCUAUUAAUCGCGAUUAAUCGAUUUCACAGUACUAAUUUUAAUUUAUAAUAAUUGAAUAAAAAUAAUAAAUAAACACUAACAAAUGGCAUGAAACCAACUUUUGAAAUAUAAUUACAAUUUAUAAAAAUAUUAAAAUAUUUUCUAAUUAUGAAGACUUAAAUAUUAAACUUUUAUCAUAUUUAUUAAUUAAAUUAAAUAUAAUUAAAUAUGUAUAUUAGUGCAAAAGCAUCAAAAUGCUCCCAAAAUCCAGCUGAUUUAAAUCUGUGAGAAAAUGGACCACACAAAGUAAUCAAAUAGUUAACAGAUGAGAAAAGAGCAAACUGAGGUAAAAGAUAAAGGGGGAGCAAGAGAGCUAGAGGGAGUGAGUGAGCAAGGGAGAGAGAGGGGGGAAGGAAGGAGGGAGAGCAGACGAGAGGAGUGCACGCAGUAAACGAGAGAUAAUGCACAGCGAGUAACGGAGACGUAAGCUGUCAGUGUCCUGAGCUGCGCACAGAUCUCAUUAAAGGAUGUAUCGACCGUCGCAGCACAGUGUGUGUGGAGCCUGACAUUCCUCGCAGGGCUGUGUGUGAUUGUCCCUCCUGUUUUCUGACCAUUAUCACUGCGCCUGCUUCAUUGGCGUGCGUGUGUUUGGACAUCUAACCCCCCUCUAACCCCCACCCCCCCACUUCCUGAGGCCUGUCGCCACGACAACCAUGGACUGCGGAUUGCGUCUGCCGCCCGUCAUUGAGGAGGUCUUGGAUCCUGCAGACGAUGUGUGUGACUUGAAAGCGGAGCGGCCGGGUAUAGGCAGUGAAAUGACAGCCAAAGAGCGAGGGUCACUGGAGGAGAAUGAGGAGAGAGACCUGGAGGAGGUGGAGGCUGGAAAUGGAGAGAAGGGGCAGGAGGAUGAGCGGGAGAAGAAGGAGGUGAAGGAGGAGACUGUGGACGAGGAGGAGGGGGACACGGAGGAACGAAGAGGAGCUGAUGAGGAAGAUGAACUGGAGGUGCUGAGGUCACAGGUGGUGCAGCUGCUUUUGGAGCUGGAGGAGACCAGAGAGGUGUCACAACGACACGAGGAGAGCUACAACGAGCUUCAGGGUCUUUUGGAGGAAGAGCGGCUGGCAAGCGCCCACCAGGCAGAGAGCUUUACGAGACAGAUCCAGAGACUUCAAGCCCAGCUGCGCUCGGUGCAGGAGGAGCUGGAUAGCCUUGAGGAGGAGAAGGCCAGCGAGCUGUGGGAGGCGCAGGAGGAGCUGCGUGUGGCGCAGGAGGAGGUGCAGGAGCUGCAGCAGGCUGCGGAGGAGGCGGCGGCCGAGCGGGAGAAUGACAUCGCCCUGCUGCAGGAGGAGCUGUGCCGUCUACGUGCCGAGUUGGAGCGUCUGCGCGGCACCACACAGGAGUACGAGCUGGAGCUGACCACGCUGCGGGCCGAAAUCAGCAUGAAGAACCAGCGCAGGGAAGAGAAGGACAGAGCAGGAGGAGAAGGUGACAUGGACCAACUGAUGGAGGAGUGUCGCUCCUUGAAGGACGAGUGUCAGACUCUGAAGAACGGCAACAAGCAGCUCUCUGAGAAACUGGAGAUGCUGGAGCAGCAGCGAGCCAGCUCAGCUGAUUCAUGCCUGGCCCUGAAAGCAGAACAGAAUGAUGGAGAAAAUGACACAGAAAAAGAUGUCGAGAAGGAGGUGAAGGCUGAAGGUUUUGUCAGCACGUUGGAGGUAGAAGGUGGGAAGUGGGUGGAGGCUUAUACCCAGAAGAACAUCUCAUUUGAGGGGAAGCCCGUCACCCCGACGGGCAAGAGUGGAGGGUUCUCAGAGGUGUUUUCCCUCAGAGACCAGCUGAAACAGGCUGAGGAGAGAGCAUCACAGGUCCAAAGAGAGUGUGAGGGACUAAAAGGAGAGCUUAUGGAACUGCAGGGGCUGUACGAGAGCAGCCAGAGGGAGAGGGCGGAGCUAGAGGCGGAGCUGCAGCGUUGUAAGGCGGAGCUUGGUCGGCUGGCUGGUAGGAAGGCUCAGAGCUCCACUCCUUCGUCUGAGUGCCCUAUUCUCUCCAUACCCUUCAUAGGAAUGGUUGUAAUAAUGGGCCUGAUAUGGUGCUGCUGGAAGGAGCUCUUGUCCUAAAGGGGGAAAGGAUAAUGAGGGAGACUGGAACCUGGUGAUGGUUGUUGCUGUGGCAGCAGCAGCAAUUCUACUCAUUCCCAGUUUCACCAGAGCUCUGGCCUGAGGCUGGACAGGAAGUGACCUCAUCAUCCCACUCUGCCCAUGGUACACAACUCUAUCACCCUGACCACAUUUAACCACCAAUGGGAACCGAAAACCAUCACUCACCUGGGUCAUAUGGGAACACAAUAACACAUGGCUUCCAAACUUGAUGCUUUUUGAUGUGCGUUGUGAUGCUGAUUGUUUGCCGUCUAAACUGCUUUGCUCUGCUUUUGUAGACAAUCGUAUCUGUUUCGACCAGUAGUGCUACAGACACUGAUGCCAAGCCAUGAGGUCAGAAUGGAGGAGCUUCUGAUUGGUCUAGCUCCCCGCUUUCCAUUUCAUGAGUUGUUUUCUUUCCUUAAUGGACAAUUUCAAAGGUCCUCUCAAAACUAUUUGCCUUAUCACUUUUAGAUAGAACAUUUGCACACUUUACCUCUUUUUGGCUAUCAAAAAUAAACAGAUUCCCAAUCUCUUGGGGGACUGAAGAGGAUGCAGUUCUUCAUCAACAACGCUUUGGAUGCAGCAUAUUGCUUUGUGCUUCAUUGCUUUUUGAUUAGGUAGGAGCAUGCAGUAUUUAUUUAAUCUUCCUGGAUCUUCCCAUUUUUAAUAAUUACGUACUGAAGUCUCAGUACUGUCAGAAUCGUUUGUGUUUAAGUUCAGUAACUGAGAACUUGUUUUACUUUCGUCUAUGGCAUGGUUUCUAACUCAAAAACUCUGUAGGUAACUGUACAGUACUUCUCUAUAUACUAGCAAAGGUGAAUACUAAUGUGCUGCAUACUAUUUGUCAUUUUUACAUUUAUUUUGGUAAAAAAAAAAAAAAAGGAAGAUUCCAGGUGGGUUAAGGUUAUUCCAGGAGGUAAACAUGCUUAUUUUAAACUUUCCACAGAUAUUUUUGUAUCUGAAUUGUUUAUUCCAAGACAUGAAAUGUAUAGAUUGAUUUUGUGUGUGUAGACUGAUAAAUGAUGCUAAAGAGUGAUAGAUAUUUUUAUACAAGGGUUGACUAAUCACUAAAAUGACACUAAAAGAACUAAGUAUAAUGAACAAGCACAGAUCUACUGUAAAUCCACUGAUGUUGCAUUAAUGAUUUUAUCUGAGGUUAUUUGCUAUGUUUUUGCAUGUCAUAUAUAUCUAUACAAUCUCUUCUCUCCAAAGAGACAGGCAAAUUACAGAGUCGGAAAGACAAAAUGUCAUGAACAAGUGGUUCUCAACUGGUCUGUCGGAACCCAAAAAUAAGUCGCGGUUAUGUUUUUAAAGUGUCGUUGACAGCAGGGAAAAACUCUCCUA